AUGCAGCAAGUAGUUGGAGGUGCAUUAACAUUGUUUAGAAGCAGCGAAGUUGUAGAAUUGCCUAGUACAACUAGUAGUGCUGCGAACAGGCGAUAUGAGGGAGAUCGUCUAGUGAUUGACGCUCCUCCUCCUGUUGCGGCUGCGGGUUCACCUUUGUUCGACAAGCAAGAAAUAGACUCUCUCGCAGCCAAUAUCAGUCUCCUGUCUCCU